CCAGAUUGUCGAUAGCCGAUCGGGAGGUUUGUUGUAAUUACGGUUUACAUUCACGUUUAUGUGAAGCUUUCAAAAUACAGCUAAACAGCGACUGGUAUAAAGAUCAUAGUGGGGACUGCAUCAGUCCAUUUUAUUCUCGUUAAAAGUCAGUUCUGGUAGUACUUGCAGACCCAUGGUGACCCAUAUGGACCCCACAUCUAAGUCUGGGUUGAAUCAGGUGUCAGAUGUGGUGUUCGUCAUAGAGGGAACUGCAAACCUUGGUCCAUAUUUUGAAUCACUUCGGAAGAAUUACAUACUACCAACAAUAGAAUAUUUUAAUGGAGGACCACCUGCCGAAACAGAUUUUGGAGGAGAUUAUGGUGGUACCCAGUAUGGACUGGUGGUCUUCAACACAGUGGAUUGUGCUCCAGAAUCUUACGUCCAGUGCCAUGCUCCAACCAGCUCAGCUUUUGAGUUUGUCUCCUGGAUUGACAGCAUUCAAUUCAUGGGAGGCGGAGCAGAGAGCUGCAGUCUCAUAGCUGAGGGUCUUUCUGUGGCCCUGCAGCUGUUUGAUGACUUUAAAAAAAUGAGGGAGCAAAUUGGUCAGACUCACAAGGUUUGUGUAUUGCUGUGUAACUCUCCUCCAUACUUACUGCCAGCUGUGGAGAGUGUCAGCUACACUGGCUGCACUGCAGACAGCCUGGUCCAGAUCAUACGUGACCGGGGGAUCCAUUUUUCUGUAAUUGCCCCACGGAAACUUCCAGCACUUCGAUCUCUUUUUGAAAGAGCAUCAUCAAUAGCAGGGGCACCAGAUUCUGCACACCCAGACUACAGCCAAGACCCUUUUCACAUGGUGUUGGUCAGGGGCAUUGCACUUCCUGUCGCUCCUGGAGGAGGUUCUGCGGUCUCCCUUGCACCUGUUGUACCACCUCAGUCUCUGCCUGUGGCCCAGCCUCCUCUGGGCACUGCAGCCCAAGCAACUCCUCCGAUGAGCACAGCCCAUCAAUACCCGAAUAACCCCUCUCUAAAUGCAGCCCAUAGUGCAGCAAUGAAGGUACUAGAUGCUGCCAAUCAGCAGAAGAGAUUCCCACAAAUGCCAACCCCCCCCUUCAGCCAAUCUCCAGUUCUUCCAUCAGGAGGUAAACCCAGCCUGUCUACAGUUACCACAGUGUCACCGCCAGUCUUAACACAGCAACAAGGUCCAAGCCAGCAGCCACAGCAGCCCCCGCAAGUCCAGCCACCUGGCCCACCCGCACCCAUUCAGCAACCACCUCAAGCUCCUCAACAGCAGCCCACAGCCAAUCAGCAGACACCACCACCAUCUCAGCCUGGCAUGCCUGCUGUUUCGACACCUCAGGCUGGAGCACAGCAAGGGGUUGCCAACAAAAUUGUGGCUUGGAGCGGAGUUCUGGAAUGGCAGGAGAAGCCCAAGGCUUCCUCCAUGGACUCCAACACCAAACUGACACGUUCCCUGCCCUGCCAGGUCCAAGUCAGCCAAGGGGAGAAUCUAAAUACAGACCAGUGGCCACAGAAACUAAUCAUGCAGCUCAUCCCUCAGCAGCUCCUGACUACUCUUGGUCCUCUGUUCAGGAAUUCACGUAUGGUGCAAUUUCUCUUCACUAAUAAAGAUGUGGAGUCUUUGAAGGGACUGUAUCGCAUCAUGGCCAAUGGAUUUGCUGGCUGUGUACACUUCCCCCACAGUGCUCCGUGUGAGGUGCGUGUGCUGAUGCUGCUGUACUCAUCUCGGAAGAGGAUCUUCAUGGGACUCAUCCCUAACGACCAGAGUGGAUUCGUCAACGGCAUUCGGCAGGUCAUCACCAACCACAAACAAGUGCAGCAACACCGCUCUAUGAACAGUGCAGCUCAGAUGCAACCCGGGCAGGUCCCACCCAAUCAGAACUUCCUCAACAGACCGCCGGGUCCUAUCCCUAUUACGCACGGCAAUGUGCAACAGCAGUCUGUGGUGGUGGGCUUGCCCUCCGUCAGUCAGGUUACACUGAUGGAGGACCAUCAGAGACAAAACAACUUGUACAACGGAGUCGCGUGGCGCCAUGCGGGGGUCGGACGUGUGAACGGCGAGCUCUGCGCACUUUGCUAGUUUUUAAUUAUUUUUGUGUCUUAAACCGGUGAGAUUCGAUACACCCUGCUACAUAACUGUUCUAAGAAGUCAACAAAGAAUUCAGAAUCCUCAUGCUCUGGAGAUAUUAAAGGACACUUACGUACUCAAGCUGAUACCCCAGGGACUCAGUUUGGACGGUGCGGCGGGAGAAAUUCAGCAUCAACUUCCGAGUAUGUCUGUGAUGCUGACAAAGGUCGUGGCGGACUUGGAGGAUCUUGCAGUAAUACGUCGAUCGAUCACUGCGAUGGAGACUAGACUGGUUGGUUACAAGAAUCGGGGACGUCGAGAAACGGAUCAAUUAUCUGGAGUCAUCGGAGAGGGAGUUAGCUGCUAACCCGCUAGCGACCAAAGUAGAUUUGGAAUGCAUUUGGGAAAAGUUGGAAGACUCAUAAUCAGCACAACAAUGUCCGAAUUGUUGGAAUUCCUGAGCAUGAGGAAGGCCGAGAUAUGGUGAAAUUCCUAGAUGAGCUCUUUCUGAGUCUGCUCGACAUAACAGGCCAUAAGCUGGAAAUCGACGCGAGCUCACAGAGUCCCGGUUGGAGAUCCGUGGAAGGAGACAGGCCUGAUCAAUUCUAGCCAAAUUUCUGAGAUCAUCUGAUAAAGAUAUAUCGUGUUACAUGAGGUGAGGAGUAAAGGAAGGUUUUCUCAGAAGAUUUUCUUGUUCCCAGACUUUAUGAAUUCGACAAGAGAGAAACGUGAUCGAUUCAAGGAAUGCAAGAAACUUUUACAUCAACGGAAGGUAGUUUUGCACUGAUGUUCCCGGCCAAAUUCUGAAUAGAUACUAAGGAUGGCCGCAAAAUAUUUACAUGCCCACAACAAGCGAUGUCUUUCAUAAAAUCAAUGGACUGAGGAAGUCAUGGUGUGUUUCUCACGUUCACUUCAACAUUCACUUGACCGUCCGAGGAAAUGGGGCGCCUGUUUUGUUUCUUUUUGUGCUGGUUGUGCCUAGCGGCUGGAGUUUGUUUUGUGGAAUAACACUCAUUCGGGACAGUUGUGGAUGAAUCUGCACGUGCCUUGUGUUUAUGCCUCCUAUUGGCUGGAGUUUGUUUUGUAGAGUAUUUUUUGCAGGACAUUGGAAGGAUUAGGUCAUCUGCUGCACUCUUGAACAGCCGGCUCACUGAACAUUUGGACUGCCCGAGGAAACUGAACAGAAUUGUAUAUUAAAUUUUUUUGUGCUGGUUCCGCUAGGGGCUGGAGUUUGUUUUGUGGAGGAAUACACCUUCGGGACAGUUUUGUGAAUGAAUCUACACUUUUUUGUGUUUAUUUUGCCUAUUGACUGGAGUUUGUUUUAAAGUUUAUUUUCUGUUAUAUAAUUCUGUCUCAUACAAUUUGUAUAGAAACACCGGACUUGAGCAAUCUGAUGGCAGAGUUGGCGUGGGGACUCUCGUAGGCGUGCAUGGACUGUUUGAGUUUAGAGGGAUGGACGCACGCGGGGUUAAUGCGCACAUUUUUCUUUUUUCUGUUUGUUUCGUUCGGGGGGAAGUUUGGGGUUUGACUGUUGCACUAAUGUUGGAAUGUGGUCUUUAUAAUCUUGUUUUUGACACACAAUCUAUUUUUCCUAAUAUGUCAAAAUGUCAAAUGUUAAUAUGAGUGGAUUGUCUUUCUCCACGUGGAAUGUGAAUGGGUUGGGGCACCCCAUAAAAAGAAGGAAGGUUAUUUCUUAAAUGUACGAAAUAUUCUUUUCUUCAAGAAACGCAUCUUUCCCCACAGGAAGCUGAAAAAUUUGGGAAGAUAUGGGGUGGGCAUGUUUUCUUUAGUGCUGGCUCAAGUUAGAGCAGGGGAGUCAUUACAUUGAUAAGUAGACAUCUACAAUUCAAAUGUCUCAAACAGAUUAAAGAUAAAUUAGGAAGAGUCAUUAUUGUUUUGAAAUUCAGGGGCAAAGGUUGAUUUUGGCUAAUAUUUACACACCUAACACUGAUGAUCAGGGCUUUUUUAUAGAUCUUGAAGGGAUGUUGCAAACCGCUGGCACCCCUCAUGAUACAAUAUUGGGAAGAGACUUUAAUUUAUUGAUGGACUCGGUCCUUGAUCAUAGUGAAGCAAAAGUGUGUAAGCCCCCUAGAGCAACAUUGAUGCUUCUCAGGACGUGUAAAAAUCAUGGUCUUGCAGAUAUUUGGAGACUUUUGAACCCACCUGUAAGGACUAUACAUUUUUUUCAUCAGUCCAUAAGAUAUUUGUCUAAGUCCCUCAUUUCAUCUGUAGUUGAUUGCUCAAUUGGAAACAUCUUAGUCUCAGAUCACACCCUGGUGAGUUUAGAGGUGUUGCCACAUAUAGAGAAAAAUAAAUAUUAUAGUUGGCGCUUUAAUGUAUCCCUUUUGCAAAAUCCUGAUUUCCAACAAAUGUUAAAGGCUGAAAUCAAUGUUUAUAUGGAGACCAACUGGUCCUCAGUAUCCUCUGUGGGUGUGGCUUGCGAGGCACUUAAGGCGGUUUUUAAGGGUCGGAUCAUACAGUAUGCCUCAUUCAUCAAAAAAUCCAAAGCACGAGAACUCGUGGAGUUGGAAGGGAAUAUUAAAAGUGCUGAGGCAGAGCUGAAGUGCUGAAUGUCGCCUGAUGGCCUCAGAGAAUUGACCCGAUUGAAAUACAGAUAUAAUACUAUUUUGUCACGGAAGGUGGAGUUUUGGCUAUUCAGGGCAAGACAGUCAUACUUUGAGUCGGGGGACAAAGCAGGGAAGAUAUAUAAAGCAGAGAGAGUCUUUUUCUUUCAUUCCCUCAGUGAAAUCUGCUGGAGGUGAAAUUUUUACCUUUGGCCAUUGAUAUUAAUAAUGCUUUUAAAGAGGGGCCUUGGUAGCUCAGUGGUAAAAUAUGCUGGCUACCACCCCUGGAGGUCGCUAGUUCGCUAGUUCGAAUCCCAGGGCGUGCUGAGUGACUCCAGCUAGGUCUCCUAAGCAACCAAAUUGGCCCGGUUGCUAGGGAGGGUAGAGUCACAUGGGGUAAACUCCUCGUGGUCGCUAUAAUGUGGUUUGUUCUCGGUGGGGCGCAUGGUGAAUUGAGCGUGGUUGCCGCGGUGGAUGGCGUGAAGCCUCCACACGCGCUAUGUCUCCGUGGCAACGUGCUCAACAAGCCACGUGAAACUGGGAUUUGUCCUCCGCAACCCGGACUGAGGCGAAUCACUAUGCGACCACGAGGACUUAGAGCGCAUUGGGAAUUGGGCAUUCCAAAUUGGGAGAAAAAGGGGAAAAAUUCUAUCUUGAUCUCUAUAGUUCCACGUCUCCGUCUACUGAUGAAAAUAUUAGAAACUUUGUGGAACCUUUAGAACUCCCUAAAUUGACGACUAAGCAAAGAAAUUAUUUUGAUUUGGAGGAGCUUGACGAGGUAAUUAAGGCCCUGCCUACAGGGAAGGCUCCGGGGCCAGAUGGCUUUGCCGCUGAAUUUUUUAGAUCUUAUGCUACAGAACUGGCUCUACUUUUGCUAGAAGUUUAUACAGAAUCAUUAAAGAAUGGAAAGCUUCCGCCAACCAUGACACAAGCCCAGAUCAGUCUGAUUCUUAAAAAGGACAAAGACCCAAGGCGAGUGUAAGAGUUACCAUCCAAUUUCCCUGAUCCAGCUAGAUGUUAAAAUAUUGUCAAAAAUUUUGGCUAAUCGAUUAAGUAAAGUUAUGACAUCUCUUAUACGUAUAGAUCAGGUGGGGUUUAUUCGGGGCCGCAGCUCUUCUGAUAACAUUAGGCGUUUCAUCAAUAUCAUGUGGUCAGUGGUGAAUGAUCAGACUCCGGUCGCUGCCAUCUCACUAGAUGCCGAAAAGGCGUUUGAUAUGGUAGAAUGGGAUUAUCUUUUUAAGAUUUUGGAAAUGUAUGGGUUUGGGAGUACAUUUAUUGGAUGGAUUAAGUUGCUUUAUAGACACCCGGUAGCAGUGGUACAAACAAAUGGAUUAAUUUCAGAUUAUUUUACUCUGGAUAGGGGCACCCGGCAGGGUUGCCACUUUCCCCAUUAUUGUUCUGUCUUGCCCUGGAACCAUUAGCAGCUGUGAUAAGAAAGGAGGAUGAUUUUCCAGGGGUGAUGACAGGAGGUAUGGCGCAUAAGCUUCUGCUUUACGUAGAUGAUAUUUUAUUAUUCGUCUCUGACCCUACUAGAUCUAUGUCUUGCCUCCACAGAAUCAUUAAUUCCUUUUCUAAGUUCUCAGGAUACAGAGUCAAUUGUUCUAAAUCUGAAGCUUUGUCUCUGACCGCCUUCCAGUGGCCCAAACCAGGCAUUAAGUAUUUGGGUAUUUUAUUCCCAGCAAAUUUGUGUGAUUUGGGGGGUUACUACACUCGGUGACCUAUAUGAGAGUAGUGUGUUGAGAUCCUUUGAAAAUUUGGUUCAACAUUUUGGGAUCCCCUGAUCUCAGUUUUUUUUAGGUAUCUACAGCUGCGCCACUUGCUCUGUACUAUUUUUGGGAAUAUACCCAUACACCCCCCUAAAACGCCAGAUACUAUGGGUGUGGUGAUUACUGAUUUUGGAAAAGGUCAUGAGGCAUCAGUGUAUUACUCCCUGCUAAUUCAGAGUCUGGGGGACGGAGCUUCAACUUCUCUCAAGAGAUUAUGGGAGAAAGAUUUAAACUUGGAAUUGGAGGAGGGAGAGUGGGCUAGGAUUCUAAAAAACAUCAAGUCUGCAUCUAGAGAUGGUCAACUCAUUUCAGGAGUGGUGCUCGGAGAUGGGAAGGGUGGCGGCCUUUGAAGAAGGGUCAUUUAGAAGAAUGGGGAAGUUUAACUUGUUCGUGGAGAAAUGUGGUGGAUAUAUGUCAUUUAUGGAUGUGUGAUUAUUAUUAUUAUAUAUUUUAUUUGUUUAUUUAUUUAUUUAUUAUUUUUUGUGUGUGUGUGUCUGAAUCAUUUACGACCACUGGGAUGGUGU